CCCAAUCUUAUCGUAGAAACUUUCUCUCGACCUCUCUCUCUUCUGACAGACAACACCACCACACCAGGUAUCGCCAUCUUUCACCGACCGAAAUAGACGAUCAGUAAAGAUGCAGCUCACCUGGAAGAACAUCGCACCGGUGCCGACGUCGCAGGAGUUCCUGGACAUCGUGCUGUCCCGGACCCAGCGCCGCCUGCCCACCCAGAUCCGUGCCGGUUUCAAGAUCUCCCGUAUCCGAGCGUUCUACACUCGUAAAGUCAAGUACACGGCAGAGACUUUCAACGAGAAGCUUUCGGCGAUUCUGGACACGUUCCCGCGACUGCAGGAUAUCCAUCCGUUCCACAGUGCGCUGAUGAACACGCUCUACGAUGCAGACCAUUUCCGUAUCGCCCUGGGUCAGCUGUCGACCGCAAAACAUCUGAUCGAGCAAGUCGCCCGUGACUAUGUUCGUCUCAUCAAGUAUGCGCAGUCACUUUUCCAGUGCAAGCAGCUGAAGCGCGCGGGUCUCGGACGUAUGGCGACAAUCACCAAGCGUCUGAAGGGCUCGCUGGAAUACCUCGAGCAGGUGCGCCAGCACUUGGGUCGUCUCCCCUCUAUCGACCCCAACACGCGGACGCUGUUGAUCUGCGGUUACCCCAAUGUUGGAAAGUCGAGUUUCUUGAAGAGCGUGACCAGGGCGGAUGUCGAUGUGCAGCCGUAUGCGUUCACCACGAAAAGUUUGUACGUCGGUCACUUUGAUUACAAGUACCUGCGAUUCCAGGCUAUCGAUACUCCCGGAAUCCUCGACCACCCGCUCGAGGAGAUGAACACCAUCGAGAUGCAAUCGAUCACCGCUAUUGCGCAUCUGCGCAGCGCCGUGCUCUACUUCGUCGAUCUGUCGGAGCAGUGUGGAUACACCGUUGAGGCGCAGGUGAAGCUGUUCCACUCGAUCAAGCCCCUGUUCGCGAACAAAAUUGUGUUCCUCGUGGUCAACAAGAUCGAUGCCAUGCAGCCCGAGGAUUUGGAUCCCGAGAAGCAGGAGCUUUUGGCGACCAUCACCAAGACUGGAGAGGUCGAGAUGUUGCGCCUGUCUUGCCACACCGAGGAGGGCGUUAUGGAGGUUCGCAACACCGCUUGCGAUCGUCUCCUCGCCGUCCGCGUUGAGCAGAAACUCAAGAACGCUGUUGGCAAUGCUGCCUCCGACGAGGCCGUCAACAUUCUCAACCGUAUCCACGUCUCGCGACCCCUCAGCGGCGUCGAGCCCCAGCCAUUCAUCCCCGAUGCCGUCCUCAACCGCAUGAAAUUCGACAUCAACGACCCCAACCGCCGCAAGCUCGAACGCGACCUCGAAGCCGAGAAUGGUGGUGCAGGUGUCUACAACAUCAACCUCAAGAAGAACUACCUCCUCGAGGACGACGACUGGAAGCAGGACAAGAUCCCCGAGAUGUUCAACGGCAAGAACGUCUACGACUUUAUCGAUCCCGAUAUCGACGCCAAGCUCGCCGCGCUCGAAGAGGAAGAGGAGCAGCUGCAGGCGUCGGGCUACUACGACGAGCCCGAAGACAUCGAGGACGAGGAGGAGAUGGACAUCAGAGAGAAGGCCGACUACAUCCGCGAGCAGCAGCAGCUCAUCCGGAAUGCCGCACGAUCAAAGAAGGCACUCAAGAACCGCGCCAUCAUGCCGCGCUCCAACGGCCCGGCGAAGAAGCUCUCCGAGAUGGAGGCGCAUCUUGACAAGCUUGGUCUGGACCACACCAAGAUCUCUGAGCGUGCACGAAGCAAGUCGCGGGGCCGUCGUGGCCACGACGAGGACGUGGAUAUGGAGGAUGGCGAGGGUGCGGCUAGAGGCUUGAGCGUGCCGAGACAGAACAAGCAGAAGGCUAUCGAAAAGGCGAAGGCCAGGGCUAGAAGCAUGAACAGACGUGACGACGGAACUGGAGAGGGAGAUGUUGCCAGAACCCAGGCUGAGAAGAUGGCGAAGUUGAGUCAGAAGAAGAUGAACCGCAUGGCUAGACAGGGUGAGGCCGAUAGGCACCAGACUGCCAGUAUCGCCAAGCACUUGUUUGCUGGAAAGAGAGGAAUGGGAACCACCAGGAGUCGAUAAACGGUGGGCGGGUGACUGGAAUGGGAUGCAAGCCAAAAGCGGGAUUGAUGUUAACGUUCAUGUGUUACGGCGUUUGUUAUACUUAUUGUUACGGAUUUGGGUUCAUCUGCUGCUGGUAAAUUUCGUACCUAUUACUCUAAAUAGAGAGAUUCUCCAUUUUGCUGCCGAACUAGC